UGCUGGGACCUUCCUGUACCCGCGGGCGGUAAGUGCUCGGGUCCGACCGCUCGUGACGCUGCUGACACUCCGCCCAGGGGACCCGGCAUCUCCGAGUUGGGCUUUCGCCGCGGGGCGCUGGUCUGAGCUAAGGAAGGAGCCUUCAUUACCUCUGCCUGGCUUUGUUCAUGUUCUAAGGAGGGUGUGAAAAGGAGCCAUGGAUCCUGCAGCAUUGGUGGAAGCUGUCGUGGAAGAACUGGCCUGUCCCAUCUGCAUGACCUACCUGAGAGAGCCUGUGAGCAUUGACUGUGGCCACAGCUUCUGCCAUGGCUGCCUCUCUGGACUCUGGGAGGUCCCAGGGGAAUCCCAGAACUGGGGUUACACAUGUCCCCUCUGCCGGACUCCUGUCCAGCCAGGGAACCUGAGGCCUAAUUGGCAGCUGGCCAAUGUGGUAGAAAAAGUUCGUCUGCUAGGCCUGCACCCAGGAAUGGGGCUGAAGGGUAAUGUGUGUGAACUCCACAGAGAACAGCUAAAGAUGUUCUGCAAAGAGGAUGGCCUGAUCACAUGUGAGGCCUGCAGCCGGUCCCCUGAGCAUGAGGACCACAGUGUCGUGCCCAUGGAGGAUGUCGCCUGGGAGUAUAAGUGGAAACUCCAUGAGGCUCUGGAACAUCUGAGGAAAGAGCAAGAAGAGGCCUGGAAGCUGGAAGUUGGUGAGAGGAAACGAACUGCCACCUGGAAGAUACAGGUGGAAACCAGAAAGCAGAGUAUCAUGUCGGAGUUUGAGAAGUAUCAGCGAUUACUGAAGAAAAAGCCACCAGGUCGACAGCUAGAGGUGGAGGCAGCCGCAGCUCUCGCCAGCCUGGAGCAGGAGGAGAGGGAGACCAGACAGAAACUGGAGCUGAAUCAUGAUGCCCUCAUCCAGCAGAGCCGGGUCCUGUGCAGGCUGAUUGCAGAGCUGGAGGAGAGGUCUCAGAGGCCCGUCCGCUGGAUGCUGCAGGGCAUUCGGGAGGUCUUAAACAGGAGCAAGUCUUGGAGCCUACAGAGGCCAGAACCAGUCUCCCUGGUUCUGAAGACAGAUUGCCGUGUGCCAGGCCUGAGAGAGAUCCUGAAGACGUAUGCAGCUGAUGUGCGCCUUGAUCCAGACACUGCUUAUUCCCGCCUCAUCGUGUCUGAGGACAGAAAGUGCGUGCGCUAUGGAGAUGCCAACCAGAGACUGCCCGACAAUCCCGAGAGAUUCUACCGCUAUAACAUCGUCCUGGGCAGCCAGUAUAUCUCCUCAGGCCAGCACUACUGGGAGGUGGAGGUGGGAGACAGAUCUGAAUGGGGCCUGGGAGUGUGUAAGGAAGAUGUCGACCGAAAGGAGGUGGUCUAUUUAUCCCCCAACUAUGGAUUCUGGGUGAUAAGGCUGAGGAAGGGCAGUGAGUAUCGGGCAGGCACCGAUGAAUACCCCCUCCUGCCCUUGCCGGUCCCUCCCCGGCGGGUGGGCGUCUUCCUGGAUUAUGAAGCCCAGGAUAUCUCCUUCUACAACGUGACCGACAACGGCUCCCACAUCUUCACUUUCCCCCACUGUCCCUUUCCUGGGCGCCUCCUCCCCUACUUUAGUCCUUGCUACAGCAUUGGUGCCAACAACACCGCUCCUCUUGCCAUCUGCUCCCUAGACGUGGAGGACUGAGAGGCCCACCGUCCCAGCCAGAAGCCUCGGAAUUUCACCUGGACUGCAGAGGUCUUGCAGGGCCCUGCCCCUGACAAAGGUCCCCUUAAACUGAGUUGAGCCUAGAUUCUGGGGAUUCCUCUGCCUGGCCCAGUGGUCUGCUACCCAUGGGCCAGAGUCUCACUAAAUUAGUCAUGAAAGACGUGAGGUUUUAGUCAAAUGAGCAUUGUUCCCUGUGAGGGAAGUGUGACAGGGCUGAUGGUGAGGAUCAGAGUGACUAACAUGCAGUAGCUCAGGCCCCUCUUUUUCAGUCUCUGGUGGUGCCAUAAUUAAGUCACUGAGGACGAUGAAGUAGAUCCAACCUCCUGGGAACCUGUAGGACAGUUUACCAACAAGCCAGUAGAAUACUGCUCAUAUCCAGGGCUGGCUGCUCUGCUGAAGCCAGUCCAAGGAGGCCUCAUCUGAGGUUUGCUGGGAAUGAACAAAUGUUUCACCCCAGCUCUCUGAUCUCCGAACUAGAGAAAUGCAUUGCAGGUAGCCCAGAGCACUCCACUAGUAAUCCCCCUCUCAGCACGAGCUGGGCACACCACUGUCUCAGACUUUGAGCAGACCUGUGUCCUGGUCCUGCCCUUCUCUCUGAGUGGCAAAAUCAGCAAACCUGUGAGCUUUGGUUUUAUUUUCACUUUAUGGAUGAAAAAAUUGAAAUGGCCUUAAUAGAGCAAAUUAUUUCUCGCAGCACUGUUGAAAGAAGAUUGUAGAGAUUAAAUAUCACAUUCAAACAAAA